AUGUCUCACCAAGUCAACGGCGACGUGAGCCCUGCUCAGUACUCUGCUUUCAUCCAACAUCUCCUCAACUACCCUGUUAUCAGCGACGGCGUCCACACCUUCAAGUCCAACGAACUCGGUCAGCGCUCCAUCAGACUUAGUGACGCCGCCUACCAGACCUUUGCUGCUCCCGUCGUUCCCUACUUUUCCAGAGGCUACCAGUAUGUCUCACCUUACGUCCAGAAGGUCGACAACCUAGGCGAUAAGACCCUCGAUCGCAUCGACGAGAAGUUUCCUGUUGUCAAGAAGCCCACCGAUGAGCUCUACCAAGAUACCCGCGCUCUCAUCAUGUUUCCUCUCCAGAAGGGCCUUGAGGGCAAGGACCAUGUCUUCCAGGUCUACAACUCUGAAAUCAAGAAGGUUGAGCAGGGAGGUCUCGUCGCCCAUGGAAAGGCUGCCGUUACCACCGUUCUCGUCGUCAGCAACGAGACACUCUCUUGGUUGAGCUCUUUCUUGCACCAGAAGAAGGCAGACACUACCAACACCAUCAAUGAGAAGAUCAACCAGUAA